AUGGUUACGAUGUCCGGACCGGAAGAUCCGGACCGCAAAGUGGUCUUGGAGUUUUGUCACCUGCUGGAGAAGUCUAAGCAACUGUUUAAUGGACUCAGAGAUCUUCCUCAGUAUGGUCACAGACAAUGGCAGGCCUACUUCGGACGAACGUUCGACGUCUACACAAGAUUAUGGAAAUUCCAACAGCAACAUCGACCGAUUCUGGAUCGGAAGUACGGACUCAAAAGAUGGCAAAUUGGAGAGAUAGCCAGCAAAAUUGGACAACUGUAUUAUCACUACUAUUUAAGGACUAGUGAAACAAGUUACCUAAACGAAGCCUAUUCGUUCUAUGCAGCCAUAAGGGGGCGCGCCUAUUAUUCAAGGGCUCUCAAAGAAGAUAGGUCUGAUUUAAUGGUGAAGAAAUUAAGAUAUUAUGCAAGAUUCAUAAUGGUGUGUCUGUUGCUAAAGAAAAUGAAACUGGCGAGAGAACUCGUUCAGGAAUUAGACAGACAUAUAGGUGACUACAGUGCAGCCUACGCAGCUGAAGAUAGGCACGAGUGGAUGUUAGUGCUGGACGAAGCAAAAUGUUUCCUGAAGGCCGAAGGCUUACUUCAAGUUGUUCAUCCUGAUACAGGACCCGUAAUCCUAUCCCACAGAUUGGGUCCCUUAACGGCGCCUCCGCCUUUACCACAUACAGAGCGCCCUUUAAUGAACCUGACGUUACAAGAGGCGCUUCUAGUCGGAAAUAGAUGUGAUCAGGUUAAAUUUUCUGAAAUAACUGCCGACAUGUACAGAAUGCUGCAAACCUUAGAACGCGAGCCUGGAGGUUCCUUGGUAUCUGUACAACACCACCACCACCAGGACUUAAUUGGAGGUCCUGGAUACGACCAAGGUAGUCCUGCAGGAACCAGAGCUUUACCAGGUUCUAACAGCAUGUCUUAUGGACCUAAAGGUUAUGCAGAAAAUGGUCACCAUUACUCCUCGCGUUCCCGGAGGCACCAUCAUUCAGGAGGUCCUCCGUCGUACCGUUCGACGUCUCUCAUAGGCGAAAACCCACAUAAGUACUUACUCUACGCUCCAACUUUGGCACAAUUACUCCUAUUCUUAGCAGCAGGCAGCCGAGAAUUGCCCCAAGGGGGCGCGCUUUUGCUAUACCUCUCCGCAGACGCCUGCUUUGGAGCAUCUAGUGGAGCCAACGGAAGAAAGGUUCAGUCCAACACGGACGAGAUUGGUUAUGAAUCCGGUGGCGUCGUGACUUCUACAAAACGUGAUACGCCCCCGCCGUCGCACCAUCAUCGAGCGCCCCCACACUGCCAUACCGAUGACGUCAUGGGGCACGGUAAGGACCCGCACUGCCUUUAUCCAGGGGACCUCUACCCUUUCACGAGGAGACCCAUGUUCCUGGUCGUCGAUUCGGACAAUUCGUUCGCGUUUCAGAACAUACCGAGAUACUUCGGCCAACCACUAGUAGCAUUAUUAUCACCUCAAGACAUUCCUCCUGCAUUUCAAGAUUUACAACGUGACGGAUCUCUCUUCACCCUGUUUCUUCAUUCGCCGCUGCUCGCCUUGUGUCGCUGCUGUCACAUAGUAGACUUGAGUGCCCACACUUGGGACAGAUGUCGCUCUCAGUACGAUAGGUUUGCAUCCGAGGUGACGAGACUGAUCACGAGGUCCCACAUGAAGAAAGCUUAUCUGCACUUUUUCGGCGAUGAAUAUCUGAGGACUUUGAUUUUAAGAUUUGUUUUCUGCGACAACGUCUUGAGGCUCCAUCGAGGAUUCAGGAGUCGAAGAUUUCGACCAAAGUGUAGCCCCCCUCUGCCAAUUCCAGAUCUGCUGGAGCACCCAACGUUGGGUCAAAUAGUCUUGCAGCUAGCCCAACAAUUAGAUGCCAGGAGUCAUUUCUCGGAAGACGAUUCAGGGGCGGCUACUGGCGCCUCUUUAUCGACACCACCUACUGGCGUCCAAACUGGCGCCACUGGUGGAGUCUCAUCUUGGGAAAGAGACACUGGUAGGAGGCAACAUGUUGCCAGGAGUGAAAUGAUGCAACAGGAAUGAUGAUACGCUUUGGAGGA